CUUCACCAUGGCGUUGACUUGCUGCACUGCGCGCCCGAAGUUGGUGGCCUGGAAGCCAGUGGUGCCGAAGGCCUCCAGUAGCGCACGGUCUCCAGAGCCUCCUCCACAUGCUGCGUAACCCUCUGGUCUUCCCCGGGCUGUUGCAGCUGUCACUUCUUCUGGGAAGCCUUCCCUGACCUUCCUCUGGGUAAGGGACCUCCUCUGGGAUCCAAGGCUGACCUCUCUUUCCCUCCAGCAAGACUGUGAGACCCUCGAAGGUGGGGUCUGUAUCUCAUGAGUCCUCCUAGCCCUGCACAGGGUCUGGUCCGGGGGGAAUCUUUUAACCAGGCAUUCUACAAUUUAUGGAGUCUAUACUGUACGUAGGGCUCUGUGUUUGGCCCUUCAGAUUUAUCGGUGAAGGAGAUGCAGACCCUGCCCUCCUGGAGUCCACAGUUUGGGGAGCUAGAAAGCUAACAACGAUAGUGAUGUCCAGCAAGGGGGCCACUGGCAGCGACAUCGGGCAGGCCCGCCGGGCCGUGGAGCAGCUGCGGAUGGAGGCGGGCAUCGAGCGCGUGAAGGUGUCCAAGGCGGCUGCCGACCUGCUGCAGUUCUGCACGGAGCAGGCCAAGAGCGACCCCUUCCUUGUGGGCAUCCCAGCGGCUGCCAACCCCUUCAAGGAGAAGAAGCCCUGCGCCAUCCUGUGACCUCCACGGCCCCGACCGCCCAGGAGGCCUCAAUAAAGAUGAAGUGAAGGAUCCUCA